CGUUGCUUCAGAAAACCGUCUCUGCCUCCUCUCUCCAAACUACAUCACGAGGGAGAGAGUGAAGGACGUGACCGUUAAUAUGGCGACGCCGGAAGUUCCUCUCCGUUACGUCGGAGUCGAUCGGAGCUCUGCCGCCUUCCGCCUCAUGAAGCAAAUGGGAUGGGAGGAAGGUGAAGGGCUUGGAAAGGAAAAGCAAGGCAUCAAAGGAUAUGUAAGGGUGAAGAACAAGCAGGAUACUUUAGGUAUUGGAACAGAGAUACCAAAUGCAUGGGCUUUUGAUACCACUCAGUUUGACAGUAUCCUCAAGAAACUGAAAGUGCAAGCAGUUGUAAAAACCAAGGAUGAAGAUGAUGAGACAGAUGCUGAACAACCCAGCCCUUCUAAGGACAAAAAAGAGGCAGUUGCCAAGGCUACUCGACCCCAAGGAAGGUAUAAAAAACGAGAGAAGGGAAAGACUGUACGUGCAUAUUCUUCUCAGGAUCUUGAAGGGAUUCUUGUGAAUAAGACUAAGGCUUCAGAGAACUGCAAUGCUCCAGAAGUAUCCGAGGAUGAGAAGCCAAUUGAAACCAGUGUUCCGGAUGAAGAAGGAAGAGCUCAGGAUGUUCCAUCAGAUUGGUGGGGCUACAAACUUGGGUUUGUUGUUGGAGGUAUGCUUGGUGCCGAAUCUCGCAGAAAGAAGUCCCUCGAGAGGACCAUGUUCAAUGAGGAAGAUCAAGAAAAUCUUUACAACUUAGCUCAGGGCUCAAAGACCUCUGGAAAACAAGGGCUUGGUAUCAAGGAUCGUAAAAAGAAAAUCGCAGGCUGCUACUUCGAAGGGAAAAAGACUACUUUCGGUGAUAGCGAUGGGGAAGGUUCCACUGAUUCACAUAGUGGAGUGAAAAGGAAACACGAAAAUUUGGAGGUGGACACAGAUCCUGCACAAAGGUCAAAACUGAAGAAACUGUGUAGGCAACUUCUCGAACAGACACCUGGCGAAUCAAUGAAGCUGAAGCAGCUCAAAGUACUUGUUGAUGAACAUUCACCUUCUACAUUUUCCAACUUAUCAAAAGAAGAGGCUCUUGCCUUUUUAUUGCAGAAGCUUGAAAACAGUGAUAGGUUUUUGGUGAAGAGGAACAAAGUUUUGCUCGUGAAAAUAACUUGAUAGCAGCAUUUAUCGGUAAGGGCAGUGGACGCAUAUAAUCUCGCAGGUUUAAUUAAUCAUGCGGCCAUGAGUCCAGAGUUAAUAGAAGAAGAUAGGCAUCGUGCAAAGAAAGUUUUUAGAGUUAUUUAUUUGAACAGUGAGCUUACAUGAUUGAUGACUUAUCUACUGUUAUAAUUUUGUAAAACAAUUUUUUUGUGGGAGGAAUGCCCAAUUUAUAUUCAAUAGAAUGACGUUUAUAUUUUA